UCCUCUGUGGUGUGGGCCAUCUUCCUGUGCUGAUGUCGUUGUCUUCGCCUUUCUCUGUAGUCUUGUCAGGGUAUUGUCAUACAAUCCACCAACAUUAGAUGUUGACUCUACCAAUCUCUGUGUGAUUGUUGCUCAUUUUGUGGUCGGGUUCAUGGAUUUCAUGUCAACACGGGGAAGUUAUAUGUGACAUAGGAUUAUUUCAGAGCUUUUGGAGUUUAAGAUUUCUUAUAACCAGUGACUGGAUUGGUGGAUCCUGGCCAAAUAUCCUUCCGUUUUCCACGCUUUGUCAAAUUUCUUGGUUGGAUAUAGAGCAUGGGUGUUGUGAUGGAAGGGUGUUAUUGUUAAUUGUUGCUGUUUUCAGUUGUGUAGCCUAGUCAGAAACAUCUUGAUACAGGAGGCAGUUCUUUGGAAUACCAAACACAGUACCUAUAUAUCAUGAGACAUGAUUCUGUUGCUCCCUAUACACCUUUUAAGACAAAGAAGGGAAAAGCUACAUUAUUUGCAUUCCGCGCUGCCAUUUUGGUUUGGAACAAGGAAAUAUUCUUGGAGAUCCAAUGGAUUUUUCUCACAAUUUAAUCUGACUUUCAUCUGAAACAUUCAUUUAUAUGAUGAACUAUUAUUCCAUAAGUGGCAAUACUGCAAUACGAAAUGAUACUCGUUCUUCCUUGUUGCUUGGUCAGUUUAUUGAUGAAACUAUCAUUUCGGAACUAAACUGAAUAAGUUGAAAAUUGCUGAUUUUCAUCACUCUAUGAGCAGAUCAUUAUCUUACUAGCGUCGGCUAAUACUUGGUUAAUACUAACAUAUUUUGGAAUUUGAGAAUUUGAAUUUUGUAUGAAUGGAAAAUAAUUGAUAUGGAGGAUAAACAAACAACCAGUGUAUGUGCUUCUACAGUACCAAUGACAACAGCAGUGAGCUUGCCUGAAUCUGUUGCUAUGCCAGUUAUUUGUGGUUUCUACUUUCAUGAGGAGGCAAAAGAGCAUGUACUUGCCAAAGCUCUGUACGACAACACUGCCGAAGCUCCGGACGAGCUAGCGUUCAGGAAGGGGGACAUCGUGACCGUCUUGGAGCAGAAUACCGGUGGCCUGGAAGGAUGGUGGCUCUGCUCCCUCAAUGGACGUCAGGGUAUCGCCCCUGGCAACCGCCUCAAGCUCCUUGCAGGCAUCUAUGAAAGCCCUAAUCAUCCCAUCACCAAUGUGUCUCCUCAUAAGAAUGUGUCAAACUCCUCGGGUGCAUACAUGUCUUUGCAAGCAAACACUGGUCUUUCAUCCACCGAGGACUAUGACAUCCCACCUGCUCGUAAACAAGCUCCCAAUGCCAGCUCCCUGGCAUCACCGCAGCAGAAACAAGGUUUGCAUGUUUCACCAACGCACCAUGGACGGACGACACCACCAGGACAUGAACUCUACGACACACCUCCAAGCGUGCAGAGAAUCUCCCCAAAUGAAACCUACGACGUGCCACCGAGGGCUUUUGGAAGCGGUGAAUCGUUGAACUCAAAGAGCGGACAGAGCUCUCCAAAGCAGGAGAAUAUCGGUGAGAUUUAUGACACACCCCCUUGCAAGCGAGAUGUGCCUGGUCAGAACACUUCAACUCAGGAUGUGUACGAUAUUCCACCAUCUUCCCAAAAGAUGAAGGAUGAAAAGUUUCCAUCAAUGAGCACUCUUGACUCUGUUGAUACCUAUGACAUACCACCAUCGCAACAAAGUGAUAAUGACUUGUAUGAUGUGAUUCCUCCGCUUAAAGGUGGCCCUAUGUCACCAUCCCCUGUAGAACUAUACGAUACCCUACCACAAAGAACUCCUACACCACAGCGGGUGUAUGAAACACAACUGCAAAAGGACACUAGUGACUUGUAUGAUGUGCCUCCAAAUAAGCAGGUUCAACCUGAUGAACUAUAUGAUACACCUGCAAGACAUGGACAUGAACUCUAUGAUCAACCUCCUGCUGCACGUGGUCUAAGACCACAACCAGGUAGCACACAGAGGCGCAUCUCUGAUCACGUGUAUGACAUUCCUCCAACAGUAACACAGGACAGGCCAUUAGUAGGGCCUGUCACGCUUUCACAGCACCAUCGUUCUGCAGACGACAUUACAGAUGGAGUCGCUAAGCUGUCUCUCCCGCAAUUAUCAAAAUCAGCAGACUGCAUAGAUGAAACUUUAGGGAGGAGGUUAAAUCUUGACCGUGAUGCUGCCAUGGACCUGCUUAUUAAGCGGCAACAAGCUCUUGACUCUGCAGUAGCAUACAUGCUCAGUUAUGUCAGUAGUACCUGGAGGCAUCAGAACAAUCUUGAACCUCAUAUUCAUGAAAUCAGAGCGGCAUGCAAUCAGCUCAAAUUAAUAUUUAAAGAGUUCAUGGAAUUCUGUGAUGGUGUCCUGGUGAAUGCUCUUUAUGUUUCGGAUCAGAACCUCCAUGAAAAACUUAGUAAGCAGUAUAAGCCCAUUCAAGAUGAGCACCAGGUCUUGACUAAAGCGUCAGCAAUGCUGGAUGAACUUAAUUGGGAUGUGAACACACUUAUGUACAAACCUGGUUCAAGUCCAAGUAAUGAACUGGACACUUUUGCAGUCACAGCCAGGGGGCUUCCAGAUGAUGUUAAGAGGUUUGUGGUAUUUGUCCAGGGUAACUCAUCACUGCUCUUCAAAAGAGCAGGAAUCAUCCAGAACAGACCCUUGCCAACACCGCCUCCAAACUCUGCAGGAAUGUCCAGCAACUGGAUGGCUGCAGAAAAGGAGACCCUUGUGACUACAGCACCCAUCCAAGCCACCAGGGAAACUAUCCGCAACAGGCCUCUGCCGCUAGUGCCAAGUGCCACUGUUGCUCCUCAACAGCAGAUCCAUGCCCAAACUAAUGGAAACCACAUCAUGCCUGAAAAUGGUAAGAUGCCAGAUUAUGGCUAUGUCCAGAAACCCCAGUCAAUCAACAACAGGCAGAUAAUUAUCACGACAGAUCAACCUCCAGUGUCACCACCGCUCUCUCCAGGAGAUCAACAGCUCCUGACCUUCUACUACACCGAGGUGGAGACUCUUUUCACUGCCUUGCAUAAUGCCAUCGAUCUUUUCUUCUCCUGCAUCGAUGGCAAUCAGCCGCCAAAGGUGUUUGUUGCUCACAGCAAGCACAUCAUCCUCUUGGGUCAUAAGCUGGUGUUCGUUGGCGACACACUCCACCACAACUUACACAACCUUGAGGUGAAGAAUCGCAUCAUCCACCACAGUGACUCCCUCUGUGACUGCCUCAAUGUCAGUGUCAAUGCCACCAAGAAUGCAGCUCUCCAGUUCCCUGCAGUUCAACCUCUGCAGGAAAUGGUUGACAGGAUCACGGACGUUGCAUCCGCCAGCAGAGACCUCAAGGAAAUCAUUUUGCUCAACACUCCUGCAUGAUGACAGUAUGACUCUCAAAGAUAAAUGGUGAAAUUCUCUUUUAACUACAGAGGCAGUUCUGUCUCAACAAAGUGUGUGGAUAACAAGGAUAGAGCAAAAAGGUCUAUGUGAAAUGCAUUUUACUAAGCAUACUAAUGCUUUCAUCUUUCACUCAUCAGGUUUGUAGAAAAAACAAAUCUUUUCAAUGGCUGUAUGAUAAAAAAUGAAUUGCAUUAUACAAAUGCAUAUAUGCAUGUAUGUUUAUUUGCUGCAGCUACACAACACGACAUUGUAAGGUUUGUCAUGUUUACGAUUUGUAACAAAACAACCGAAGAAUUGAUUGUAAAUGUUUGUGUAUGUUUAAAACAGUUCAUCUACAGAAAUACAUGAACUAAAUUAGCAGUCAGUAUAAUCAGUCAUUGUAUUAUACAGGGCCUGCAUUCAAUAUCUUUCAAUGGUGAACGUUGAGAUUGCAGUGGAAGUUGAAAAGACAAAAUAAUAUCAAUGUUGUGUAUUCUUCCUUGGAAGUCAUUUUCCAUCAGUUCCUCCAAAUUCCAUGGUUAUAGUUGCAUUCAUAACAGAUGUAAUUGAAGUCGACUCUGAUUGCAACAUUGUGUAAUCAUUUUCAAUAGUAACAUGAGUCUGUGAAAGCCAAACUUAAAAGACAAACUAGCAAAACUGACAUUGAAUUUUGCGUAAAGUGGUAGGUUAACAUGUAGAUCAAUAUAUCAUGUAGAUAUGCUUGAUGCUAAUGAACAAGCACGUGUUUGAUUUGGAGUCCAAGAGGUAUCGCUAAGAUGAUAGACUACUAUAAUUGAUGAUAUUCUCUGUUUAAUGCAUGUUUCAUGUUUUAGGUGACAGACUGAAUUACAAGCUUGGUAAUGUCUGUCGAUUCUCUCAGCCCAGACAUACAUGUAGCACAAAUUGAUAUUCAAUGGUAAUUAUAGUAAUUUUGAAUUUGUUGUCAUCAAGUUCACGUUAAUGCUUUAGAUAAUGUAGUAGUGUAGAGUAUUAUAUCUCUUCUUUUUAAAAUCUAAAAUGUAUAGACAAUAACAAUAAACUGUGCUGGUCACAAUUUUGCUAUUUCUCUAUUGUGAUAAUUCACUAAUAUUCCUUUUUUUUUAAGUGGAUGUGUAAUUGGAAUGUUUUUCACUAUUGCAUUGAUCUUUGGUGCUGCUUGUCAAUUUAUGUAAUUUGAUUUCUUACAUAACAGGUUGUAAAUUAUUGCAAACAAAUGACAUGGUAUUUUGUACAAAGCAUGCAAACCUCAUCAUAUUGCAAAAUAUCAAAGUAUAUUUUGUGUGUUUGAUUAUAUCAGAAUUUAUCUCAGAUUGAGAAAUAUUGAUAGAGGCAACAGUAUGGGUUAGUAAUCUUGUAGGUACUGUGUAAAUUCAUAUUGUAAUAAUAGUAAUAAUGAUAAAAAUACAUGUGUUGAUAGAGUAGAUAACAUCAGAAGUCUCUAUUAAAGUGCUCUGUAAUAAUGCAGCCUAAAUACACUGGCUGUAUCACAGCAGCUUUUGUUGGCUUUUCAAUUACAUACCUUCUAGUCUCCAAUUCACCUGGGUUGAGUGCAGCACAAAAUGGAUAAAUUUCUUGCUGAAGAAAAUUAAGUGUGGCUGCCUUUCGUAUGAUGUGAAUCCAAGGACCUGUGAUUAUCUAUUUGUCCAACUUGUAAACUGCCAAAAGUUAU